CAAGAAACCAACACCUUCCCACCUCCUCAAAAUUCCCCCAAAAAAUAACAAACUCACAACUCAAUCCCAAGAAAAUUAGACCCUUCUCCCCUUCUCCUUGCUUUCCACUGUGUGCUGUGUGUGUGCUUUUCCCCCAUAUUCAUCCAUAGUCAAAUUAAACCCUUCUUCUCUUUCUCUCUCUCUCUCUUUCUCACACACACACACACUUGAUGGAGAAGUUCUCAAGAUCCAAGUCUACAAGGGAUGAGUAUAUGCAGCCAAGAAGCAUGAAUGAUCUGAGAAGCUACAGCACCUCAGAUUACAAUCCACCUCAUCACCAUCAAAAUCUUGAUGAGAAUUUCAAAGAGAUGAAGAUCAAGAAAAGCAGAAUCAAUGCAGAUUCAAAGAGCUGGAGCUUCAACAUGGAUCCUGAGCUGCUGAGGAAGAAGAGGAUUGCUGGCUACAAAGCUUAUGGAGUUGAAGGCAAGAUGAAGAGCUCAUUUAGGAAGAGCUUUAGAUGGAUCAAAGAUGCUUGCACCAAUGUUGUCAAUGGCUUCCGCUGAUUUAAUGUUUUCUUUGUUCUACACAUUAUCUAUUUCUUUAUUUACUCAUUAUAUGAUUAAUUAAAAAGCCUUCAAUA